AAACUUUGUUGGAACCUUAGACAUGACGAAUUAACAACUUUGUCUGUUAUACUGACACCUUAAAAUCAUUUUUUUUUAUACAAGUAGUGACAAUACGCGUGACUGGAGCGCGUGUUUGGCGUGCCAGCUUUAGGCUAGUUGUUCCUCAUCCUCAACAUCCAACCGUCCAUUCCUUUAAAUAUUGUUAAAUCUCAUCACACGGAAAAUCUAACGGCUGAAAAUCAAUUCUGUUCAAAUUAAAUAGACCUCAAACUGGAGAACCAGAACCCACUUUUUAUAAUGCAGAACUUUUUCUUAAAUAAAAAUCCGAACUUUUUGCAGUUGUUGAGGUAUCAGUUUCUAAUUGAAAGUUACAUUUUCCUCAAAUAGCAAAAAGAAUGUCCUCCGAUUACUCUGGUGGAAUUCCAGACUUUUACGGCGGCGCCGGUGGGAUCAACACCGGAAGAUCCACCAUGAUUCCGAUGAACCACGCCCAGCGUUCACCGCUUUCUGGGAUCCUCCCCGAAGGUGCUUACCAGAACCUCCACCGGAGACAGACUUUCAUCGGCAAACGAUCACUUGCCGAUUUUCAACAGCAGCAGCAGCAAGUGCAACAAGGUUUGGGAUUUUAUCUUCGUAACGUUAAGCCUAGAAGUUACCAGCAAGCAUCUCCAAUUUCUCCUCUGGUAGAUUUCUCAUCUGAAUUUCCUUCGGUUUCUCCGAUUUCGGUGAUGAAUACACGCCAUGCCCUCCCAAUUAUUCAAACGCUCCGUUCACAACCUGUUAUUCCACCGGCAAACACCAACGCUAGCGAGGUUCUAUCUUCUGGUAACCUGAAUUGUUCUGCAGUUGCUUCUUACUUAAAUCAGGUUCAGAACAGUUUGUACCAGGAAUCAGAGGAAAAAAUGAUGAAUCGAUUGCAAGAGUUAGAGAAAGAGCUUCUAGAAGACAGUUAUGGGGACGAGGAAGAUACAGGGUCUAUUGUGACGAACAACAACGAGUGGUCGGAAACAAUAAAGAAUCUGAUUACUCCGAGUAGCAACCACCUAUCUCCGGCAUCAUCUACAUCUUCGUGUUCUUCUUCGAUUGAAUCUCCAACAAUAACUUCUCCAAAGCAGUCUAUUGUUGCGGCUGCUACCGCAAUAACCGACGGGAAAACCAAUGUUGCAGUGGAUAUCCUCACGCGCCUCUCACAGGUCGCUGAUAUUAGAGGUUCUUCCGAACAGCGGUUGACGGCGUAUAUGGUUUCGGCUCUUAAGUCGCGCGUGAACUUCACGGAGUACCCACCGCCCGUGUUGGAGCUGCAGAGCAAAGAGCACGCAAUUUCUGCUCAAAAUCUCUACGAGUUGUCCCCGUGUUUUAAGCUUGGAUUCAUGGCAGCUAAUUUAGCUAUUCUUGAAGCUGUAGUUGAUCAACCUUCAGACAAGAUUCACGUAAUUGAUUUCGAUAUAGGACAAGGUGGACAAUACUUGCAUUUACUACACGCGCUAGCUAGCAAGAAAACUGAUGAGCCUACCAGCUUAAAAAUCACGGCGAUCACAGAUUUCAUGGGCAGAGCUGACGACAGAGUAAACCUCAUUGGAGAUGAUCUGAGAACUCUAGCAGACAAAAUCGGCGUUUGUUUGGUUUUCAACGUGACUUCGUGUAAAAUUACGGAUUUGAGUAGGGAGAGAUUGGGGGUUGAACAUGACGAGACUUUAGCAGUGAAUUUUGCAUACAGAUUAUACAGAUUGCCCGACGAGAGCGUAACAACGGAGAAUCUAAGAGAUGAGCUUCUCCGGAGAGUGAAGGGGUUAUCACCAAAGGUGGUGACAUUAGUAGAGCAAGAGCUGAAUGGAAAUACGGCGGCGUUUGUAGCGCGUGUAAAUGAGACGUAUGGGUAUUACGGAGCGUUGUUGGAUUCACUGGACGCAACCGUAUCAAAGGAUGAAAUGGGCCGGGCCAAGAUCGAAGAAGGAUUGAGUCGGAAAGUGGUGAACUCAGUGGCGUGUGAAGGGAGAGAUCGCGUGGAGAGAUGUGAGGUGUUUGGUAAAUGGAGGGCCCGAAUGAGUAUGGCUGGGUUCGGGCCAAGGCCCAUGAGUCAAUACAUCGCUGAUUCACUGCUUAAGAGGCUAAAUUCGGAUCCACGUGGCAAUCCGGGAUUCACUGUAAAUGAACAAAGUGGAGGUAUUUGCUUUGGAUGGAUGGGAAAAACCCUCAUCGUUGCUUCUGCUUGGAGUUAACUUGUUACCUCACGAAUAAAAGUGUUUUACUUUUUCUUCUUUUUUUCAAACUAGUAGUAAAAGAUAUUGUGAUGUGUGUAUAUAAAUUUUCAUUGUGAUCUGCUGUACUAGAGGUUUUGUCAAUACUACAGUACUAUUAGUUAUCUGUCAA